GUUUAACGCAUUAAUUAGAUUAAUUAAUUAUGCUGCAAAUUAACGCGUUAAAAACAUUAACUCGGUUAAUUAUGGGUGGCAUGUCAAUGCGCAAGCAUAUUAAAUUUGGCCCAGUGAGUGACCGUAGGCUGCAGUGGUACAUCACUUCCUCCCUCCGCCACUAGUUCAAAGCAGUGACAACAAACAUGGAUGGGACACAGGAAAGCGAGGAGAGUCUACUUGGCCCUUUGAACGGCAAGUUUAUUUAUAGAAAAAACAAAGACGGGACUGUUAACAAGAACGCAGUGAUUUGUAGCUUGUGUAAAAAGGAAUUUUCGUAUCACCGAAGCAGCUCCAGCCUGACUUAUCAUUUAAACGCUAAACAUGUCCGGGCAAGUUCCACUGUUAAAGUUGCUGCUAGUGAUGCUAACGCUACCGUGAGCUCACUCCGCCAACCCACGCUUGCUGAGUUAGGAAAACGAGUGAGCAAAGCCACGACAGAAAAACUGACAAACUCAAUCGCAAAGUGGGUUGCUGCUGAUUGCAGGCCAAUUUCAAUUGUGGAAGAUGAGGGCCUAAAGGAGGCGUUUCAGAUAGCGUCAUCUGACCCGAAUUUCCAGCUACCGUCGAGAACUACGGUGAUGAAAAGAAUUCACCAAUUGUACAGUGAUGAGAGGACUGCAAAAGAGAAGUUGUUGGCAGAGGCGUCCUAUGUCGCCCUAACAGGCGAUCACUGGACUUGGAGGUGAGAGCUAUGUUUCAUGUUCAGUGGUGCUCCCCGCACUCUGCCAUCUCAACCGGGUCAUGGAUCCCACUGAUGAGGAUCCGGGCUACAUGAUAAAGUUCAAGACCACCUUUUCAAAGGACAUAGACACACGCAUGGCCAACAUCAACAACAGAUGGCUAAAAGUGGCUACAGCCCUCGACCCGCGAUUCAAGGACUUGAAGAGCAUACACAGGAAUGAGAGGGAUGAGGUGUGGACCUGGAUUGAGGAGAUGCUGCAGGAAUCAGAAGUGGGACCUGCUACCCCUCAACCCACAGAGGAUGAGCCAGCAGCAAAGAAGAGCCUCCUCCUGCUGUCUUCAGACUCUGACUCGGACGAGGAGCAGGGGCCUCUAGCCCGCUACAAAGCUGAGCAGUGCAUUAGAAUGCAUGAGUGUCCACUGGAGUGGUGGGCAGCUCACACAGGAGCUUAUGGACAGCUGUCCUCUCUUGCACGCAAAUACCUGGCUACUCCGGCCACGUCUGUACCAUGUGAGAGACUCUUUUCACUCGCAGGUAACAUCAUACAAAAGAAGAGGGCAGCCUUACACUCAGACAAUGUGAACAAGCUUGUUUGUCUGAGCAACUGGCUCAAGGAGACAUAGAGUUGUCUGUUGUCAGAUCCUGUAAUGUUAGCUUGGGGUGGAGUUUUGAUUUGAGGAGUUGAUACUCUACCGCAGUUUCUCUUUUGGGUUUGAGUUGUUAUGCCCCAGAUUGUAGCUUUUGAUUUUUGUUAACUUCUAACUUCUCCUGAAUUACCUGUUUGUCAGUUUGUUAUUUUGUCUAAAAAAAUCACCUCACCUGUUAUCAGUUCCUCUCAUACCAUCCAUACACCCUACCUCAGCUUGUGGAAGUUUAGAUUCAAUUUUGUUCAAAAAAUCAAUUAACUGUAAACCAUGAAGUUUAGAUUAUUUUUUAAAACAAUGUUCUUGAGAAAAAUGAAGGGCAAUGUUUUGAAACUUGACACUUCAGAACAAUUUUUAAAUAUUAUUGGUCCCCAUAUGUUAACAUCGACAAAAUGAUUGAUUUUUGCAAAAAGUUGAAUCUAAACUUCCACAAGCUGAGGUUGGUUGUAUGCAUAGUAUGAGAUGAACUGAAAACAGGUGAGGUGAUUUUUGAGACCUUUUUUUCUUUUGAAUUUGAUUUAUGAAGCACACUUAACCAAUAAAAAUUUGGAAUUCAAA